AAAAGAAACUUAUAAAUAGUUCGGUGAUGCAAUUAAAUUCUAUCUUAAUAGUAUCAAAAAAGUUUCUUCAAAAUUAAUGAAAAACAAACAAUAAUUUUUUUUUCUAUUUUUUUUUAAUUCUUAAGUUACAUAACUAUAUUAUUAUGGCAUGUAUUGACAAAUGCGAUGAAAAUGGGGAGAUUCUCAGACAAGAUCCUCAAGUCACUCCAAUAGGGUGUUUUGUUCGUAACAAUUCUACUUAUGAUAAAUUCAACGGUCUUGCAAUGUUAGAAAGCCCGAGCAGAUCUGGUUUAAUAUUCCCUGAUCCUUACACUACUCAAAAUUACCAUAUUGUAGGAUUUUGCCUUAAAACUUGUAUAGAUCUUAAGUUUAAUUAUGCCGCUGUGGAGAAUGGUGUUAACUGUCGUUGUGGAUAUGCAGAUGCUCUUCAAUCUUAUACAAAGGUUGAUGACAACAAUACGUGCAAUUUAUUGUGUACUUCUAAUACUUUAACCGGUCCAGUGACUUAUCCAUGUGGCGGAAAGGGAGCUUAUACAGUAUAUAAAGCCGAAAUACAAGAUUACACUCCACCUUACAAUAUUACUAUUGAGGAAAAACUCAAUAUUAUGUACAAUAUUGAUAAGGAUAAAAAAAUGUAUCCUUACUACAAAGGAUGCAUUCAGGAUGAUAGAUUUUGCAAUAAAAGAGUCUUAAGCAAUAGUUGUUUGUCAUCUGAAUCUAUGACAAUUGAUGAUUGUAUAGAUAAUUGUCGUAAAGAUAAUUAUAAAUAUGCUGGACUUGAAGCAAGAACUCAAUGUUUUUGUGGCAAUUCCUAUGACAGCAUAAAUCGACUCAUAGGUUCAGAACAUUGUAGAGCUAGUUGUCCGGGUAAUAAUUCUCAGAUUUGUGGAGGCAUUUGGGCUCUAAGUAUACAUGAAGUUCCUCCUCCAUCUCCUUCACCUCUUCCAUCCCCUCCACCUCCUCGAUCCCCAUCUCCUCUUCUUCUUGGUUUAAUAAUCGGUUCGAGUAUUGGAAUUUCUGCAAUAAUUGUAGUCACAUUUAUAUUUAUCAAAAGAAGAUAUAAUAAUAAUAAUAUUAAUAUUAAUAAUAAUAAUAAUAAUAAUAAUAAUAAUAAUAAUAAUAUUAAUAUUAAUAAUAAUAAUAAUAAUAUUAAUAAUAAUAUUAAUAAUAUUAAUAAAGAUGGCAAUGACGAAAAAGAAAAGGCCAUUGGUGAAGCCCAUCUAUGAUUCUGACUUUACCAUUAUUUAUUUUUAAAGGAAAUAUGAUAAAUUAUAUCUGUAAUUUUAGUAAUCAGUAAUUAUAUGGUCAUUUAUUUUAGAUUGUAUUAGCUUUUUUACUCUUAAAUAGUUAGUCUUGUAAAGUAAAUCAAGUGUUAAUAAUGAAUAAUAUAACUAAUUAUAACUAAUAGUUACCAAAUUCAUCGUCUUUGAAUGAAAAAAGAAUGUAUAUAUUUUUAAGAGAAUUCAUAUAUUAACAAGAAAAAAAAAGAAAAUCGUUCCUACAAUUUCAAAGAUUAUUUUUAUCAAAGAAAGCACAAAUAAGAUGAUGUUACAUUUAUUGAAUAUCACAUACGAGAUCUAGCAAUUUCCUUUUUUUUAUCUUACAUUUGGAAAUUACCUUUUAC